CUCUCUCGCACCGUCCCCACAUCACUUUCUGUCUACCAUUACGCUUUCAUAGCUGAUCACAGCUUUCGUGAACCUCGUGGUUAUUAUAUGUACAUCGCUCUGGUUUGGAUGUUUUAUUUGAAUUUUUGUGAGUUAGAUACUUUCUAUCACGAAGAUGAGUGACAAUAUUAUAAAGUGUGUGUUUUGUGGACAAAAUACAUGUCAAAAGAUUGUAAAAUUUAUAUAGGAAACAAUAAGGAAAUGCAAGACGGUUUUGGAGUAUCGUCGGAGUAAAACCACUCUCAGAAGAUCGAAUACAACGAACUGUCUUCUUAUCAAAUGAUACCAAGGUAAAUAGUUUAUAAAAAAUAAUUAAAAUAACGAUAAACAAACAUUCGGGCCAUCGUUCUACAGAAUCGCAUACUAACAUAGCAUUGAAAUAAUCAAUCAGAUCCAUUUGAAACAAUUCCAUCCCAGUGCGAGUCGAAGCGCUAUCACUGCAGCACGCCUCGCUCCGAUCAAUGCCGUUUCGCGGAACCACGAAUAUUUCCGAGACUUACGAAACGGCGGCGUCAGCGGAUUACCUCAUGUCUACCUCUAUUAUUAGAUAAACACGCAAGCCGGCACACAUUUACGCCCUAGUGACCACCAAACUGUACAACGGCUCGAACGCGUCUGCCACGAUGUCCCGCAACAUAAUACUCCUGGCAUACUUCAUCGCAAUUGUUUACACCGCGAGCAGUUACAGAAUACUUGGGAUAUUUCCAUCCCUAGACCGCAAUAAUUACUUAACGUAUAGAGGUCUAUUCCGGGAACUGGCUAAUCGAAACCAUGAAGUAACGCUAAUAAGCCACUUUUCGCUACCGAACGCUCCAGCCACAUUCAGGGAAAUAUUGCUAAGUGAUAAUCCAUUAGUGUUCAAAGGCUUGUCUUACGAAUCAGUGAUAGUGAAUGAAAUAUCGCGAGUGCCUUUCGAGACUUUGGUAGCGACCAAAGCCGGCAACGAUGACUGCAAAACACUUAUGAACAACCAUCACGUACUGCACAUGAUAAGGUCUCGACAUAAAUUCGACGUGAUUAUUGUGGAAUCUUAUAACAGUGAUUGUGGGUUAGCGCUAGCUGCUAAUUUGAGUGCACCGUAUAUAGCCUUCAACCCGCAACCUGUACAACCUUGGCAUUACAACAGAUUGGGUAUCACAUUCAACUCGGCGUAUGUAACCCAAGCUGGAUUGUCAUAUGGCAAAGAGCCUUGGUUUUUCGACCGCUUGAAAAGUUAUGUCUUAUAUCAUAUAUCAAACUGGGUGUAUUAUGUCGGAUCGCAAGUUACCGACCACGUAUACUUGUACAAAUAUCUCGGAGACAAUCUGCCGUCCUUGGAAAGUAUAGCAACGAACGCAAGUCUUUUGUUUGUAAACACUCACCAAUCUGUACACGGUGGUGUUGCCAGACCUGACAAUGUUAUUGAUGUGGGAGGAAUACAUAUUAGACCCCCAAAAGUGAUACCUACGGAAAUUGAGAGGUUCAUAAACGAGGCCGAGUAUGGUGUUAUUUACGUAAACUUGGGCUCCACGGUAAAAGACUCCACUCUGCCGAAAGAUAAAUUGAACGAACUCUUAUCAACGUUCGGGAAAUUACCACACAGGGUGCUUUGGAAGUGGGACGGCGCGGUCCCCGAAAACCUGCCAAGAAACGUUAUGACAAUGAGGUGGUUCCCGCAGUACGAUAUUUUAAGACACGACAACGUGAAACUGUUCAUAUCCCAUGCCGGUAUUCUAAGUACAAUUGAAGCGAUUGAUGCUGGUGUGCCAGUUUUAGCUAUACCUCUCUUCGGAGAUCAGUAUGGUAACGCCGCAGCGCUGCAAGACGCCGGUGUAGCUACAAUAGUGUCUUAUCAAGACUUAAAGAAGGAAUACCUUUUGGAUGCAAUCAAUGAAGUGCUGGAUACUAAGUAAGUGUCAUUGAAAUUACGGCAAAUAAAUGUUUUAUAUACAUGAUUUAAGAUUCUAAACCACCAAGGAGAAGUUCUUGUUUUGCUGCCCUGGCACUAUCAGGAGCGGAUUUACGUAGGGGCUUGGAGGGGCUAGAGCCCCGGGCCCCACACCGGCGGGGACCCCGUCAUCCCAUGAAAUACCGAAAAGAAGUUUAACCUGUACAUGUAUCCCUCCCUUCUUCAUUCUAAAAUGAGUGCAAAUUCGAAUGCAUAUUCUGCAUAAAAGUGGAAUUUAGAAAUAUUGGGAAAGAUUUUAAUUAUAUCCUUAAAUGGGUCCCGCAUCAAUUUCAGCCCCGGGCCCCACCAUUUUAAAACCGCUCCUGAGUACUAUCCAUCAUAAGUAAAGUAUUACCUAAGUGUUAUUACUCUAACUGCCGUAGUCAGAUACGUAAAUUAAUAAAAAUCACUUUUAACGAGUUAUAUAGCGUGUUCAAUAUUAUUGACUUGUUCAAUAAUUUAACAAUUUCUUUGAAAAUGGGACCUAUAAUGUGCCUAAAACGUUAAUGAUAAUAAUAUUAAACGCGGUAUAUAAGUACUUAACUCGUUAAAAGUGGUUUUAUUUAAUGUCUGUCAUCAAGUUUUAUGAUUGUCAAAGUUGCAUCAUAAUUUAUUUUAAGACAACAGCUAUAUUUCUAUUCUUGUUAUCGGCAUCAGUAUCACUAUCAACCUCCGCCAACUUAAAUCAAGCUUGAAAAUAAAUAAACGUCUCAGUGCGACCGUAAAAUAAAUGAUAUGUAAUUGCAUUACCCGUUAAAACAAAAUAGGUAAUAUUAGAAGUUUGGGUAACACGUGUCACAUUAACCAUGUGUGGUGGGUUUAGCACCGCACAUGACCUUUGUUCAAGCGUGGCGACUGAAUAAUUUGAAUUAAUCUGCAUAUUAACCAAUACUCGAAAUAAUCGUUUCCCUAAAUUCGUUCUUAACUCAGAACGCCUGUGUAAAAAAUCGCGUUUUUUGUGACGGGGCUUUAACUCAUUAUAUCGAGUCUGUCCCAUUAUACCUUAAAUUUGUUACAUCAACUCAAGGGACUGAUCGCACGCACCAUAUCACAGACAAAUUUGGCUUCAUCCGAUGUGUGUGGAUCUGCCAAAAUAAUUUGAAAGCUACGCCUACAUCGAAUGUUUUCAGAUUCCAGAACCGGGUGAAAUUGGUGUCUCGACUUUGGCAUGACCGUACGAUAUCACCUCUUGAAAGCGCCAUCUAUUGGACGGAGUACGUGGCGCGUUACCAAGGUGCCCCAAACCUUCAAGCGACAUCUACUAAGCUGCCUCUUUAUCAACAACUGCAGUUGGACGUCCUAGCAUUCAUAGCUCUAGUGGUUUACAUUCUUUUUUAUGCAACAUUAAAAAUAUUAUCUGUGUGCUGUUGUUGCUGCUGUAAUAACGACGCACAAUCUCACGCUGAAAUUAUUGAAGAAAGACAAUCUAAACGAGUCAAGUUCGAAUAAAAACUAACAAACAUACACUUAACGAUAGCUUUAAGUAAUAUUAUCUAAUAAAUUAUUUAUUUUAAUUAAUACGUGCCUAGUUUAUUAUUAUUCAUGUCGUUAUUGCGAUUUACAAAUUAGAUAAUACACAUAGGCCCACGUGCACCAAAGUUCUUAAAUCAAAUUAAGGAUAAUCAUACGUAAGCCUCAUUCUAUCUCUAUUAAAUUUAAUGUAUCGACUAAGGUGGGAUGAUGUGUUAAAGUGUUCAACAGGUUAGUUUGAAUUCUGAAUUUUGGUGCAAGUGGUCCUCAAAAUAACUUUAAUAUUUUGACACAAUGAUGAUAUAUAAGAUCUACAAAAUAAAAUUAAUUUUGACAGACAAAAGUAAUAAACUUAGCGUGUAGUGGGCAUGCCUUCUUGAAGUCUUUUAAAAUGUCAUACUCACUAAUUUAAAGCUAAUAAUGGAAAUUGAAGUGUAUUGACUAAUAAUUAUUAUUAUGCAAGUGUCUAGAUAUAAUUAUACUACUACCAAGGAGCAGAUACUAAGAGGACAUGAUUAUUAUAAUAAGUUUUUCCCACGAUUUAAUGUGGUGCGUGUCUUCUCUUUGCUCGGUCAUUAGACCGAUAUUAUUGUUCAGUACCUAAUAUUGAUGCCAAGCUGCGACACUCCCAUUUGUGGAUUGAGUUUUACAUGCACAGAUAUUACCAAAAUGGAUAAAGAAUAUAGAUUACGAAAAAUAUAUAGUGUAUGGCGAAUAGUGGUUAAUUUAUCGCUCCAGAUGAUUUAAAACAUCUUUGAAGGAUGAUGAACUACUGAUGAAUAAAGUUGCGGAACGUCCGCAAGGAGUUUUUAAGGAGUUUGUGAGGGCAUCUAAUAUUUUACGAAACCAAUAAAAAUAUAUAGGCAACAGCUAAGCUUGACUAAGCCUGAAAAUCGAUUCAUUGAAACUGGCCGUAAGUAUAAGAGGAAUAGCUAUCGGAAACGAGGGAAUGUGUGAAUAA